AUGUGUGGGAAUCAUAUUGGCUCUGAAGGUGUCCAACACUUAUGGGAAGCACUGAGUUCCAAUCAGACACUGGAAGAGCUGUAUGUGGACAUUACAGGAAUAACAGACAGCGGCCUAGAUAACUUACUUCCCUGUCUUACGAAGAACACAACUUUACGUCUGCUAACGUAAGUACAAUACACUCUGGGAUCCAAUGAGUACUAACCACAAAUGAGAACAAAAAAAAUUAUAGGAAUUUUAGAUCAACUAAGUCUUGCCUCUUAAUGUCUACAUUCUGGCUGAUAUUCUGGCCUAUUGUAAAGACUAUUUGAUGCACCAAUUUUAAGAUUAACCAAUAUGUCCCAUCAUGGCCUCAUGGAUUGAUAUAUUUUUGGAUAACCUUUUCAAAAUAAUUAAAAAAAAUUCAUGAUUUUUAAAAAAUAUGAAAAUAUCAAAAACUAUAUAAUAUAUUUAAAAUAUAUAUUUUAAAAAUACAUAUAUAUAUAUAUAUAUAUAUAAAAAUUUAUCCAAAAAUAAUGAAUCACUUGAAAAGCUUAUCCAAAAAUAUUAAAUUGAAACCAGUGUUGCUAGCGAAUUUACAGUAAAUAAAUGUUUUUCGUUAAAAAUUUUUAUAAAUAAAUAAACUUUUCUUUUUCUGCUCUCUACCACUUUGUUUUACGGUUUGUUUUUCUUUUCACCCCUUAACCUUAGGAUCGUAGGUAAUAAUUUGAGUGAAAGGAGCAAGCAGCUCUUGGUGACAGUGCAGAGACAAAAGCCCACCUUGAAGAUUCUCAGCAGUUUUCUAAGUGACAUGGGCCUUCUGCAGGCAUAUCUGGACUGGGUACAAGAUCUUAAAGAGGAUCCACAGCAAAUGGAGUCUGCAAAGAACGCAGACGCCUUGCGCAAUGUCUUGGCUGAACUUGGAAAGGAGGACCCUGGAAAGAAAGACAAGGAUCUUAUAGAAAGGAUUGAGAAGUUGAAGUUUGAAAUAAGCCGCAUCUUGCAAACGUCCCCCGUAGCUCAGUGA